AUGUCACACUAUCCAUAUGGCUAUGGCUACCAGGGCCAGCAGCCACCCCAACAACAGCACCCUUACCCGCCGUACGGCGCCUAUCCAGCGCCUGGUUAUGGCGCACAGCCUCCUCCCCAGCAACAGCACCCGCCUGCGACAGCCGAGUACUAUACUGCAACUCAGUCUGCUUAUGACUACAAUGCGAACAAUAUUCCAGGCCUCGGGACACCCUUGACGGCCCCUCACUUCCCCGUUCCCUACGCCGGGCAAUGGGAUCAGCCUGGCUACGGCACAUCUACCACGCCAGCCGCUUACCCUGCCUACAAUGCCUCGUCCUUCGUCCCAACACCACCUGCUCCGCCGUCCCAUGCAAAUUCUCGAGCCCACGUCCCCGUGCCCCAAGAGUCGCAACCGAAGCCGCAGCUCAGACCGGAUCCUUCACCUGUGCAGAAUAAGACACACCCAAAGGAGGACCAGUUGAAGGAACAGGCAAAGCAGCCGCUGAAAGAAAUCGACUCUCAAGACGAAGGUGAGAUUAGCGACGGCGAGUUUGACGACCUGUACGAGGAUGUCUACGAUCAGCCCGUCGCACAGCCAAAAGCCAAGACGGUGUCCCCGGCCUCCUCCGAGGACCAUACUGCCAGCAGUACAGACCAGGCGGCAAACUUCUACGAUACGGAGAUGGACGAAGCCUCUGCCGCCAACGAUCACCCUGGGGCAGCAACAACCAAGGCACGUGGCAAUGAGCUUUCGAAGGAGCAAGACCCAUUACGCACAGAGCGCGACCGCUCAGGGUCAUAUUCUCCAUACCUCUCGCCUAGGGAGAUUGAACAGGAAGACCCGAAGCAACUGGCCGAGGGAAACGACUCUCAAGGGGUCGCCAACCCGACUGGCAACAACUCCGCUUCUAAUUUAUCUCCCAACCAUUCUCCAGGUGUCCAAGAUCAAGUACAUAUAUCCUCCAGUCAUGGCAAGGAGACCGCUGUUGCCAUGGGUCAACCUGACCCAGCUGUGGAUACUUCGCAUUACUCCAGGAGCCUCCCAGAAGCUCAGAAUGAAGCCAAGAAAGCCAUCCUUCGAUUGCUACCCCAUGGUGUCAAAUACCAGACAUACCUCGACGAGGGCUUUGACGAAAAGGUGGUCAAAGAUCUCUUCACUCAGUUGAACCUUGCCCCUGUCGGUGCCGAUUCAGUAGCAUCUGGAAAGCCCGCGGAACCGCAAGAGCACAAGGCCCAGGACCAAGAUCCCAAAUCAGCUUCCACUUCUCAGGCAGACGCCAUGGCCAAGAAGCAAGAAGAGCGAAAAGACAAAAUCGCUCGGCUCUUGGCUGAGAAGAAGGCAAAGGCUGCAGCGGAUGCCACAACACAAUCCAAAGCAUCUCCGGCGCCCGCGUCAACCGGUGCUUCAACGCCUUCGACCACACCUGCAAUCAAGACUACCACCCAAGCGCAGAAGAACCUACUCCUGCAGCAGAAAAUGGAGGCUUUGCGAAAGGCACGAGAGGCUCGGACCCAGCAAGCUGGACAGCAGACAAAGCAGGCCCCAACUUUGUCCGAAGCACCGAAGAACGAUAGUGCUCAGAAGUCGUCUUCAGUUCUUCCAACUCCAGGACCGACAACGGCGGAAAAGACACCCGCUGUAUCAAGGACUGCACAGGUUAGCGCACCAUCAGCAACGCUACCAACGACUCAGGACAUUGUACGGCAACCAGCAUCCCAACCAACCUCGGGCUUCCAGAGCCCGGUCCUGCCUGGACUGUCGAACAAACCGAUCAACCAGCGCAAGCGCCCUGUAGCAGCCGACUUUGUGGAUUACCCGGCAAAGACUGUCAAGCGGCCUUUCCUCCCCAACCGCCAAGCAUCUUCAUUAGUCAUCAGUGUCAGUGACGAUGAAGAUGAAGAUGACGAGGACGUCGACAUGGAUGUCGAUUCCACUACUGAGGAUUCUCCUGCGCCAACACAGCAAAGCUUCAAUCUUCCUCGGAGGGGACCGUCAGUCCGCGACUACCCUCCACUCACAAACUCUGGCCCCCCACGGCACAUAGCCAGUCCCGCACCCGGGACACCAGGUGGGAAGACCGCCACUGUUGACUUGAAAGCUAUGGAAAAGGCAAUUGCGGACUAUAAGCGGAAGAUCCAGGAGGCAGAGGCUCGAGCUAAAGUCAAACCCAGCACCGGUUCUUCUACACCUCAGUCGCAUAGUGCUGGCGGCCGGACACCCACAGAGCAAGCAGCAAGGACCGUGGCUCAACCCGUGGUAUCGGCCGGCGAUGUGGACGACAAGAACGGCCCUUCGAAUCAACUACUACAAGAGGCCGAGGCCGCAAAGAUUGCAAAGCCGCAAAUGUUUUCUCCCCCUAAUGUGCACUCCAAGGCUGAGCGCCGGAUGAGGAAAGCAAGCGCUCAUUCCCCUCGACUCUCAACCAAGCUCCAGGAUAAGAUCGCUGAGCUGAAGCGGAUGGAAGAGGAGAAGAGGCGACUGCAAGCCGAGAUCGAUGCCGAGCUGGCUCAGCAACAACGCAUGGAGGAAGAGGACUUGGAGGACGACACAGAUGAGCUCUGUUCUGAUUCCGCCGGAGAUCAUGUUUUGGGUACAGAGACUGCCGACAAAUCUACCGUGUCCAGUGAUCCAGGCCAAGAUGAAGCCGAGCAGACUGCCCUUAACGGACCCUUGCAAUCGAUGCCCAUGGAUCUAGAAUCAUCCCCCGGGAAGUCAGAUCCGGGGGCUGAACCUUCCACAUCAGCACCCUUUCCGGCUGCCGUGGAUGAGACGGGAAGCAACAAGCUGUCCAGCCAAGAACGCGAUCUUGUCGGCGAUGCGUCGCAAGUCCCGCCUGAUCAGCCAGCGGAGAUAUUGGCUGCCAUCGCCACGUCCUCGCCCGCCGAGAAGCAUUUGGUAGCUGCCGCGGACAGUAACACGUCCGAUGAUUAUGAGCCCCCAGACGAGGCGGGAAACGACCUGGGCACGAAAGAUUCCUCGCCGUUCAGCCCUGCUCCCGUCGAGAACGUCCAAAAUAUGGCUACCUCAGAUGGCGGGUCUCGAGAGAUUGGCUCCCCUCCAGCCAUGCCGUCCCAUAUUUCGACUGCUACGAUACCCAACGAUGACCCGACAAUCGAAGCACGUGCGGAGUUUUUCGCUCACCCCUCAGCGCGUACCGCGAACGUGUCCAGAGAAGAUGCCCACGAAUCUGCCCCAACCCCGGAGAUCUCUUUCACGGACUACGAGAGCCCCUUGCGAUAUUAUCAUGCUUUCCGAUUCCACCCCAAAUACAGUGAGAGCGUUGCAGGCGGACUCAAAUCAUUGACAUACAGUAACAGAAUCGAUCCAAAGAGGGAGAUCUGUCCCGAUGAAUUGGAGGGGCAAUCCUGCCCCAGAGGAAGCGCUUGCCAGUUUCAGCAUUUUUCACACAUGAUUGCUCCGGAUGAUAAGAUUAUUCUGGAGCUCGGCAGCUCAGACGACCUAGCGGGAGACCAGAAGAAAACCUUCAACAACGGGCUUAGAGAGUUGGUUGCGUCCUUCCAGAAGUCCAAGAUCCGAGACUUUAGGACGAUCGCUCAAGGGAUCGUCGAGUUCCGCCGCCGCUUCCUUGGGGACUCUUCCAGGGUCCUCCACCUUGAAGGCGUCAGCAUUUGA